GCAUAAAUAGCAAGACUCCUACUGUCUUCUCUUGCAGACCAACUCAGCUGCCAGCAAAAGCAGGUGCUCUCCCCCUGCCAGUGCUCCAGAGGAAAUAUUUAGGAAUGGAAAACCUGAUGUUUGUCUACUGUUCCUGUAAAGUUAUCUGGACAUUACUUGUAACAAUACUAGGUUAUGCCAGCAGCUUGCCUGUGGGUGAUGACUCUAUUUGCACAGCAGAGGAACUUGCUAAGUACAGCAUAAUCUUCACAGGGAAAUGGAGUCAGACUGCUUUCCCUAAGCAGUAUCCACUUUACAGGCCCCCAGCACAGUGGUCAUCAAUGCUAGGUGUUACUCAUAGUUCUGACUACAGCAUGUGGAAAAAAAAUGAAUAUGCCAGCAAUGGUGUACGUGAUUUUGCUGAAAAGGGUGAAGCAUGGGUAUUAAUGAAAGAAAUAGAAGAAGCUGGAGAGAAAAUUCAGAGUGUACAUGGAAUCUUCUCUGCUCCUGCCAUUUCCAGUGGUACAGGACAAACCUCCACUGAAUUAGAAGCUCAUUCAAGACAUCCCUUAGUUUCAUUUGUGGUACGAAUUGUUCCAAGCCCCGACUGGUUUGUGGGUAUUGACAGCCUAAAUCUCUGUGAAGGAGACCACUGGAUGGAAGAAGUAUCAGUUGAUCUAUUUCCAUAUGAUGCUGGAACUGAUAGUGGUUUCACAUUUUCCUCCCCAAACUUUGCCACCAUUCCACAGGACACAGUUACAGAGAUCACUUGUUCCUCCCCAAGUCACCCAGCAAACUCAUUUUAUUACCCCAGACUCAAAAUUUUGCCACCUAUUGCUCAAGUAACAAUGGUGAAAUUAAAGAAAACACAGCUGGGUCUUCCUGCACCUUAUCUUAAUCUUCCAGCUAAAAGCAAUGAAAUAAUAGACUCUGUCUCAGAAACACCACUGGACUGUGAGGUUUCACAAUGGUCUUCCUGGGGUCUCUGCAGAGGUCUUUGCAGAAAAACAGGGACCAAGAUCAGAACUCGUUUUGUACUUCUCCAGCCUGCCAAUAAUGGAAUGCCUUGUCCAAAUCUGGAUGAAGAAACAGGAUGUGAACCAGAGAAUUGUGUCUGAAAUAAAGAAAAGAUCAUAAUUUAGAUAAUUUAAAAGUAGGAUAAGUUUAAAUCUAAGCUACAUGUCAGUCAACGUUCCUUAUAAUUCGGGUAUGCUGCACUAUUUUGCUGAAAAGGUAUAUCAGACUGGUUUUGAAAGUUGUUGUUUAAUGUCAAGAUCUUGGGGGUUAAAUUCCUAAGGUUUAGUAUGACAACAGUACUUGAUCAUUUACAGACCAAAAAACCCCAAAUAAAUCCUUGCUAUAAAUAUACUGUAAGUUCUUGGAGUACCCUCUAGUGGCAGAAAAGAAGACAUUUGCAAAGGUUAUACUUCACAUGUAAAGUGAAUAUACUCACAUGUAAAAGUCUUUUAAUCACAAAAUCUAAACUAAUAACGUUCUUAAAUACUGUAAUUUGUUGGGCUACAGCUAUUUAUACCUAGAAAUUAAUUUUUUCUCUAAAUUAUGUUUUUAUAAUUUAUUGGCAUUUUUGUCGUCUUUCUAAACAUGUUUAACAUGCAUUUCUUCAGAAACUACUUACACAAAUCAGAGUGACCAGAUGUUUGCAGUGUGGUUAAGACAAUAAUAUAACUGAGUAGACUUGUCUUGAGGCUUAUGAAUACAUGAAAAUACCUUUCUUUUUCUUUUUUUCUCAAAAGUGAGAAGAAUAUCUGUCAUGAGGACACUCAACCAACAAAAUUACUAGAAAAAAUCAGGAGCGUGGAUACUAGCAGAAAACCUCUGAACUUAACUAAAAGUGUUAGCUGAGAUUUAAAAGCUGACUGAUUGUUGGUGUGCGUCCCUCAUGAGACAACUAUCUCAAAGUUAACACUGUUGACCAUAACAUAAAUUAUAUCAUUGUCUUUAUAUAUGC